AUGUCUACACCCGAAACCACCACAUCCAAAGAAGCAAAAAUGUUUGCAGAUGUAGAGUGGGAAGAGUCGAACCCCUGGUUUGACAGCGUUAGUGGCAGUGGUGCAAAGAUGUGGUCAUGUAUAACAGACUUCUUCACUUAUGAAACCACCAAGUCAGUGGUGGUAAAGAGCUGGACUAUCGGCAUCAUCAACCGCGUUGUUCAACUACUCAUAAUGACUUACUUCAUUGGGUGGGUUUUUCUUUAUGAGAAGGCCUACCAGGUGAGGGAUACAGCCAUUGAAUCAUCAGUGAUGACCAAGGUCAAAGGUUUUGGAAUCUACAAUGACAAAGUCAUGGAUGUUGCAGACUACGUCACUCCUACGCAGGGAGCCUCUGUCUUCUGCAUCAUUACCAAACUCAUCACCACAGAAAACCAAGUCCAAGGCUAUUGUGCUGAGACUGAGAUAAAGAAGUACAUGUGCACUCAUGACAGCAACUGCACAACGCAACUCAGGAAGCCAGCUAGUUAUGGAAUUCUCACAGGGAGAUGUGUUCCUUUUAAUUCUACUCUAAAAACAUGUGAGAUAAGAGGAUGGUGUCCUGCUGAAAUAGACACCAUCAAAACUACCCCAAUGAUGGAAGUUGAAAAUUUUACUAUUUUUAUCAAGAACAGCAUCCGCUUCCCAACCUUCAACUACACCAAAGGGAACUUCCUUCCAACCAUCACCUCGAAAUACAUCAACACCUGUAAUUUUGACAUGGUUAACAACACCUACUGCCCUAUCUUCAGAGUGGGAGACGUGGUCAGCUACGCACAGCAGAAUUUCAGCCAACUGGCAGACAAGGGAGGAGUGAUAGGGAUAAAGAUUGGCUGGAUGUGUGACCUGGACAAGCCGGAUGACCAGUGUAACCCUUCCUACUCGUUCACCAGAUUGGAUGCCAUGUCCCAGAAGAAUGUUGUCUCACCUGGUUACAAUUUCAGGUUCGCCAAAUACUAUAAGAUGGACAAUGGGACGGACUAUCGCACCCUGGUUAAAGCCUAUGCGAUUCGGUUUGAUGUGCUGGUCAAUGGAAAUGCGGGGAAGUUCAAUAUGAUCCCGACACUCAUCAACAUGGUGGCGGCUUUCACUUCAGUGGGAGUGGGGACAGUGCUCUGUGACAUCAUACUGCUCAACUUCCUGAAAGGUGCAGAGCAGUACAAGGCAAAGAAAUUUGAAGAGGUAUCUGACAAUGAAGUGGAUUCCAAAAGUGGGCUGUACCGCUCACAGCUGUCACUCAGGCACGAUGACACGUUCAUGAGGUCGAGUGACUCGGGGGCAUUUUCCAUUGAACACUACAUGUAAUGGAAAUUAAGAAGCAGCAGCCAGUCGGAGGAUGAGAGAUUUUCCUUAUAUCUCCGACUUGUAUUGAGAGCAUCAGCAGAGACAGACUGGCUUCCUGCGUUGUCGUUGGGUUUCAACACAGCCUCACAUGCGCUGGCCACAAUAUUUAUUAUAACUAAUAAUAUAACAAUUGCAUGCAUAUGUUCAACACAAACAAGCAAGAAGAUUUUGUUGAUCCAUUUACAUAUUCUUCAUAAUCUGGUUAAUCUGGAUCUUGUCUCAUGUUUUUUUUUCCUGCAUGUUUUUAGACCUUUUAGACUUGUGUAGACUGUAGCUUAAUACUUAGAACUUUUAUUUUUUUUUUUAAAUAUCAACUUUUUACAUGUUGAUAGAAGAAGAAUGCCCCCCAAACGUAUAUUAAAUGUAUUAUAGUAUAUGGUUGACCUUUGGUAAAUGUGAUGUUGCCAUAUGUGCUACGUUUAAUGGACAUCGGAAUGGAAUUUUUUUUAAUCUUUGACCCCAAUGACCUUGACCUUUGCCAAAACAAACCCCUUAAGGGUAAUACUGUGUUCAACUGACAUGCACACAGCAGGUUUAAUGCAAAAGAUAGAACAAUCACACAACCAUUUCAUGAAUCAUAAUAACAUUUCAUGGCCAAGCCAUCUCUAAAGAUCCUUACAAUUUGUUGAUUAUAUUGUUGUCAUAUGAAAUUAAAACAUUGUCUCUUAAAAUAGCUGUAGACAAUGCAGUGAGAAAAUCCUUUGCAUGAUUACACAUUCAAAUAAAAUUUCAUAAUUUUAUAUAAAAGAAAGCCUUACAUAAGUUUUUUAAAAGGCAGUGUUGAGUUAUAAGAAAUUGUAUAAAAUUUUAGUGUCUCUGAUCGAGAUCUCUGAAA